CUUCUUUCUUCCUCGCCGUCGUCGUCCCCCAUCAUGACUCGUCAACUUACCCUCGUCUCUCUUUUACUCCUCUCUCUUUCUUCCGCUGCUCUCGCCGGCAGCGCCUGUGUCGCCUUUGACAUUUCUUGGAACUUGCUCGCCUUUGGGCUCGAUGGAAAGGACUAUAAUGCUGGCACGAAGGACUCGUGGGCGUCUGGUAGCGCAAAAGAUAUUACAACGUCUGGUCGGCCACCUUUUGAUGGCACCAACACGACUUGCUACCUCUCUCAGUUCUACAACGCAAUUUACGUAUUAAACGCCGACUCUUCAAACCCUUCCAAUAUCUACAUCUACAACGCAGCGAGUAGCUCCUGGUCUACCCAGGCUGUCACUACUGGCAACUUUGAUGUGUCCAACUUUGUUACCAUCCUUGACCAUGACACCAAUAUCUUCUAUGCUCUUUCCAAAGGAGAGCUCUACUCGUUGGAUAUGGGAUCUAUGAACGUUGCCAACUCUUCAUCGCUCUCUUGGAACGACAUCGAAGCUCCCAGCUUCACCACAACUGGCUACAACCCCGUCAUGGCCAUCGCGCAAAACCACAUACACUUUUUGGACGUCCCAGGAAACGCUGCUGGAACUGCAAACAUCUUUGUCAUUCACUUUUCCUACUUUCAGCCGGAGACUCAAUCAUACGGAGACAACAGCUUCCCUGCUUCGCAUGGCCAGGCGACUUCAUUCUUCAAGGACUCGGGCGUUCAAGAAGAGUUCGCUUUCAUCCCCGAUGACGGGUCGGCCACGUAUGUUGUCAGUGUCGAGACGAACACGACUCAGACCCUUGCCGGACCUUCCGCUAAGGAUUCAGGCGCAAGAUACUUUGCCUCUACGGAUGCUCUCGUUCAGCUAACCUCCAGUGGCACCGUCUCGUACAUCUCCUACAGCAACUCCUCCACUGAAGCUAACACCGCCGCUACCUGGAGUACUGUUGCUAACCUUGCAUCUGUCGCUCCUGCUUCUUCCUCUGCUGCGUCGUCAGCCAGCGGAACGGGAACCAGCUCAGCCAAGGGUGCGGUGGCUACUAACACCAGCACCAGUAGCGCCAGCAAUGGCGCCGAGGGUGCCGGUGUUGCGAUAGCGAGCUUGGGAUUGUCGUUGGUGUUUGGCAGCAUCGGCUUGUUACUUCUCUAGCUGGUCUACUAUCGAGCUUUUUCAUAUUCUCUUCGCGGACUUGGAAUCACAGACUUUUUUGGCAUAUCUUGCAUAAAGUAGUGUACUACAUUGAUCUGUAUGUCGCUACUGAUAAUAUCGAACACAUUAGGGUAUCGUAUUUUAUUCUAUCAUACCCUGCUGUAUCGUCGUCAAGAACACAAUCCCAGGCCUAUGAAUAAAUUCGAUGGGUAUACUUGGCA